GCGAAAUCCCAAAAAUUCGCUGCCCGGUAGAUAUUAGAAACGAGCUAAAAAGAAAAUUUAACACAUAUUCACAGCUCUCUCUUUCUCUGUGUAUCUCAUCUCAUCUCAUCUCGCUUCGCCUUUUAUCAGUUACUUUCUCUUGGCGCCCACAAAACCAGGGUUUUUGUGGCUGGAAUGGAAAAUGAGGUAGGGAGAGUUGUUGGUUUGCCCGAGCUGGGAGAGAAACCCAAUGUGGGAAAUGGGAUUUUGGAGGUUGCAGUAGAGGAGAGAGUUGUGGCGGUAACUUCAGAUGAAUUGAAAGAGGUAAUAGAGAGGGAUGCUGUGGUUAUGGAGGAGAAGGUGGAGGGUGCCGUGACUGAGUCCAUUGAAUUGAAGGAUUUGGAAGAUGAGGUGUUUGAGGAGGCGGUUGAUUCACACGAGGAAACGCCAAAGGAAGGAAUAACAGCUGAGUUGGGCACUACUGAUAAUGCUGGUUCGGUGGUUGGCGCCGAGAAUUCGGGAGCUGGAAAUGAAGUGGAGACAUUCGUGGAGGCAGUUGGUGUUCAUGAUCAGGAUGUGAGCUUAGAGGUUCCGACUACAAUGGUGGUUGAGGAUAAGGUGGAAGUUUUGUCAGGCGGUGAGAGCAUUGAUAAAGUUAAUAUUCCUGAAGUUGCUGUGAACUCUGAGGAUGUGGCAUCAGUGGUAGUUGAAGAUAAGGUGAAAGUUCUGUCGGGCGGUGAGAGCAUUGGUCAAGUGAAGGUUUCUGAAGAGGUUGUAAACUCAGAGGAUGUGGCAUCAGUGGUAGUUGAAGAUAAGGUGGAAGUUUUGCCGGGCGGUGAGAGCAUUGGUGAAGUGAAUGUUCCUGAAGAGGUUGUAAACUCAGAGGAUGUGGCAUUGAUGGUAGUUGAAGAUAAGGUGGAAGUUCUGUUGGGUGUUGGGAGAAUUGAUGGAGUUGAUGAUCCUGAAAAGGUUGUGAACUCAGAGGAUGUGGUAUCAGUGGUGGUUGAAGAUAAGGUGGAAGUCGUGUUGGGUGGUGAGAGCAUUGAUAAAAUUGACGAGGGAGGAACUAGUAAGGAAUUCGAAAUCAAUGAAUCCCUGGCUGAGACUUGUGAAAAUGAAGGGCAUGAGGUUUCAAAUGGCAACGCUGAGGUUGUGGUUACUUGUGAGGAAACUAUAAUCAGCCGUGAUAUUCUUCUGCCUGAGGAAAGUGGAAAAAAAGAAGAAGACCCUUGCCUCCCUUCUGAAAACUCGGAUCCCAAGGACAUAGUUGAUGUUGUUGAACAAUGGGUUCAAGUGGACAAGGGCAAAGAAGAAAAUGAGAAUGAUACAAAGUUGGAUAUCGAACAUAGGGAUGACACCAAAGUUGAGGAACUGAAUCAUGAUGAUACUGUAGUGAUUGAUUCGGUAAACGGUGUGGCCAAUCUGGUUACAACAGAUGAAAAGCAAGAAGAUGUUGUCAGCAAUGGGGAGCUUAAGGCUGAAUCCUUAGCAAGUUGUGAGGAAGUAAAAGAUAUUUUAGUUGUUCUUGACACUCCUGUGCCGGAAGCAGCAGCUACACCGAGUUCAGUUGAAGAACUGGUACCGGAAGAAGCAGCUACACCUGUUCCCGUACCUCUUGAAGCACCUGUGGUGAUAGAAGAAGAAGGAUCAGCUACAUCUGUAAUUGCAUCUUCUUCAGAGAAGCACGAGGAUGAGAAGAAAAAGGAAGUUAUUCAGCCAUCAGUUUCUAUCCCUCUUGAAGCACCUGUGGUGAAAGAAGCAGCAGCAGCAGCUACACCUGUUAGUUUAAUCACGUCUUCUUCUGAGAAGCGCAAGGAUGAGAUGAAAAAGGAAGUUAUUCAGCCACCAGCUGUGGAAGAAAAGUCUGAUGGAGGUGACAUAAAAACAGUAAUAGCAGAGGGAUCAGGAAAGAAAGUUGAAACUAAUAAAACAGAAGACAAGCAAGAGAUCGAUACUGCUCAUCGUUCAAACGGAGUUCGUGGAGUUCAGCUUCCACCACCCAAGAUCGCAUCCACCUCUCAGAAACCUGGGCCUCCAGCUGGCCUAGGCCGAGCUUCUCUGCUCGAACCUGCUCAGCGACCUGCGCAGCAGCAGCGUGUCAAUGGGACCACCUCCAACGCCCAAUCUCAACAGAUUGAUGAGUCGGGCAAUACCGAGGGAGAAGAGUUUGACGAGACUCGUGAGAAACUACAGAUGAUCAGGGUGAAAUUUCUCCGGCUAGCACACAGGCUUGGCCAGACACCUCACAAUGUCGUCGUGGCUCAGGUCUUGUACAGACUCGGAUUAGCCGAGCAGCUACGUGGCAGAAAUGGUGGCCGAGUGGGUGCUUUCAGUUUCGAUCGCGCCAGCGCCAUGGCUGAACAGCUCGAGGCAGUUGGUCAGGAACCACUCGACUUCUCCUGCACAAUCAUGGUUCUCGGAAAAUCCGGGGUUGGCAAAAGUGCGACGAUUAACUCGAUAUUUGACGAGGUGAAGUUUGAUACAAACGCUUUUCAAUCGGGAACCAAAAAGGUUCAAGCUGUUGUGGGAACCGUUCAGGGAAUUAAGGUGCAGGUCAUUGACACGCCUGGACUCCUCCCUUCAUGGUCCGAGCAGCGCCAGAAUGAGAAGAUUCUUAAUUCGGUCAAGAAGUUUAUUAAGAACACGCCUCCAGAUAUCGUGUUGUAUCUUGAUCGUUUGGACAUGCAGAGCAGGGACUUCGGUGACAUGCCAUUGUUACGAACCAUAACUGAUAUAUUUGGGCCAUCAAUUUGGUUCAAUGCCAUUGUGGUCCUGACUCAUGCGGCUUCUGCUCCACCUGAGGGUCCAAAUGGUACUGUCUCGAGCUAUGAUAUGUUUGUUACUCAGCGGUCUCAUAUUGUUCAGCAGGCGAUUCGUCAGGCUGCAGGUGAUAUGAGGCUGAUGAACCCUGUUUCACUGGUGGAAAAUCAUUCGGCUUGCAGGACGAACCGGGCUGGGCAAAGGGUGUUGCCGAAUGGUCAGGUUUGGAAGCCUCACUUGUUGCUCCUCUCCUUUGCAUCUAAGAUUCUCGCCGAGGCAAAUGCGCUGUUGAAGUUGCAAGAUAGUCCGCCCGGGAAGCCACAUGUGGCUCGAUCGAGAGCUCCUCCUCUGCCGUUCUUGCUAUCGUCACUCCUUCAGUCGAGGCCUCAGGUGAAGCUUCCAACUGAAGAUGAUGGUGGUGAGGAUGAUGAUUCGGAUGACGAUGAAUUGGAGGGAGAUGAGGAAUCAGAGUACGAUCUGUUGCCGCCGUUCAAGAGCUUGACGAAAGCUCAAAUCAAGAAGCUGACUAAAGAUCAGAAAAAGGCUUACUUUGAGGAGUUGGAAUACAGAGAGAAGCUCUUCAUGAAGAAGCAGUUGAGCGAAGAGAAGAAGAGAAGGAAGUUGAUGAAGCAAAUGGCUGCUGAGUACAGUGAUAGUAUUGCCGGAGGUGGAGAAGAAGAAGAAGGUGGAGGACCGGCGACUUCUGUCCCGGUUCCUCUCCCGGAUUUUUCCCUGCCGGCUUCUUUCGAUUCUGAUAACCCUACGCACCGAUACCGAUCUCUCGACAACUCGAACAGAUGGUUUAUACGUCCGGUUCUUGAUUCUCAUGGCUGGGAUCACGAUAUUGGUUAUGAUGGGAUCAAUGCCGAGAGGCUUUUUGUAGUAAAGGAGAAGAUUCCAUUGUCCUUCUCCGGCCAGGUGACCAAGGACAAGAAAGAUGCCAAUGUUCAAAUGGAGGUAGCGAGUUCAAUCAAGCAUGGCAAAGGGAAGAAGAAGGCCUCCUCAAUGGGGUUUGAUAUGCAGACCGUUGGGAAGGACUUGGCCUACACUCUCCGCGGAGAGACAAUGCUGGGAAGCUUCAAGAAAAACAAGGCAACAGCUGGCGUGUCAGUUACCCUCUUGGGGGACGCUUUGUCUGCUGGAGCGAAGUUCGAGGACAAGCUGGUUGUGAACAAGAGGUUCAGGAUGGUUAUGUCCGGUGGGGCCAUGGCUGGACGUAGCGACGUGGCGUAUGGUGGGAGUUUGGAGGCGCAGGUGAGAGAUAAAGACUACCCAUUGGGCCGUUCGUUGUCGACGCUGGGGAUCUCGGUCAUGGAUUGGCAUGGUGAUCUUGCUGUUGGUUGCAACCUGCAGUCGCAGAUUCCGGUGGGGAGGUCGACGAACUUGAUAGCUCGUGCAAAUUUGAAUAAUAAAGGUGCGGGGCAGAUCAGCAUGCGGCUGAAUAGCUCGGAACAGCUGCAGAUUGCGUUGGUGGGAUUGGUUCCACUGUUGCAGAAGCUGUUCUGUAAUCCCCAGCAGUUACAGUAUGGACAAUGAAGAAAAAAUAAGAACUGCACUGAGGAAUCCCUUUCUCUUUUUAUCUAUAUUUCUAUCUUGAGCUUCUUGAAACUGGUUAUGGUUAGAGUUGAUUUUGACUAUAUAAUUUCUUCUGGGUUAUAUCUUUUGUGGUAGAAUGAUCCAUUUGUAGUUUCAUUUUGUUAGAUAUAUCUCUGUUUCCCAAUGUGGUGGUUUUGUUGCAGUAAGCCACUGAGCAAGCAAAGUGAUUGGGGUUUUCUCAAUAAUAAUGGGCAUUGUUUGUAAUCUAUAUUGGCUGUGAAGGGAUUGAUUCUAGUUUUUGUACAAAGUGCAUUCUCUUCUAUCUUCCGUUAGAAUGAGACUGAUAAAAUGUAGAAGCCAUGUUGAAUAAUGUUUCA